AUGGAUGAGAAAAAUGUUGUGCAAAUUGGAGAAGGUGGUUUCGGAAGAGUUUUGCUGCUCGAAGACUAUAAUCCACCCUAUGUGAUGAAAGAGGUCGCUCGCGGGAAAGACAUCGACGCUCAGCAGAAAGAGUUGCUCAUUUUGAAGGAGUUGACACACAAAUAUAUCGUCAAAUAUCUCGAUCAACCAAGUGAUUUUCUCUACAAGGGGGAACACUAUCCGAUUUUUAUGGAAUUCUGUGAACACGGAUCACUCCGACAUGGU